AUGUCAACUACCGUUGCGGAGUUUGACGACCAAAACGUGAAGAACGUGGUGGUCCUGGGCGGAAGCUAUGGUGGUAUGCAUGCGGCCAUGGUAUUGGCACGCAAGCUGCCACCAAGUCACCGGGUGAUCCUGGUCGAGCGAAAUACUCAUUUUAACCAUCUCUAUGCAUUCCCCCGAUUCACUGUAGUCCCAGGUCACACGCAGAAGGCCUUUGUUCCUUAUACGUCCAUUUUUUCCGACUCCCCUGCGCGACAUGGCAAGGCUCGUAGGAAUGAAAAGGCGUCGAAUGCGUCCAGCGAGGUGAAGAAUACGGCGCCAGGCAAUGACGCAAGUGCUGCUGUGCCCCUGAAGCUGCGCUCCAAACGCGUCCCGAUCGACUCGACGGGUGUGGGCCACGCUAUUAUUAGCGAGCAAGCAGCCACGUCCAGCGAAGAUCACGCGGAUAGUGUUAUCAUGGAAGUACGUGAUAUGAUUGAGUCGCAGCUUCGUAUCCAAUCCAACUCGUCGAACCAGAAAUUGAUCGUGCGGGACGAGAAAGGGGAGGCUACCGAAGUGGACCCGUACGAAAACGCGGAUCCUCACAUUGUAUUGUGUGGCAAAGUCACGGCGAUCGCGGACAACUACGUCACUGUGCAACAGCAGUCCUUUACCCCGCCAGGAAAGAAAGAAGAAACAUCAACAAGUCCCCCCUCGAAGCAUCUCUGGUCGAUUGAUACUAUCAAUAUACCCUACACGCACUUGAUCUAUGCUCUUGGCUCUCACAUGCCCGAUCCACUGAAGCAUGAAUCCUACACGAAGAAGGAUAGUAUGCACUGGAUGGAGCGAAAUCAGAACCGCAUUCGCGAAAGCCAAGACAUUAUACUUGUCGGUGGUGGUGCGUUGGGCGUACAGCUGGCAGGCGAUAUCGCCAGCUAUUACAACAAGAUCGGCCAGAAGAAGAAUAUUACCUUGAUUCACUCACGCGACCGUCUUCUGCCCAACUUCGACCCGCAAGUUCACACCUUGGCGCUAGAGCAACUGCAAAAGCUUGGCGUACAGAUCCACCUGGGUCACCGUUUGGCGAUCGCGGAUGGCUGCCCUUUGGGCAGCUCCGUGAAGCAGUUGCACAUUGAUAACGCACAGCCCUCAGAACUGCGCCAGGACGGCAUUGCCUCGGUGCCAGGAUCGACGCGCCACCGCAUUCGCACGACGCUAGGUUUGGAGCAGGAAUGCGACUUGCUUCUUAUGUGCACUGGCCAACAGCCUAAUUCCGAGCUCAUGGCCGAGUUCUCGCCUUCUAGUGUGAGCCCACAAUCUCGGUUGAUUCACGUGUUGCCUAGCCUGCAAGUGAUGCAGCAUGAGGCAGGAGCCUCUCAGCAACCUUUCGAUGCUGUGCCGCCUUGCAAAGACUGCGACUGUUUCCUCGAUAAGAAGUCGGCGGGCGCAGACAUGGACUUUGAGGAAAAACUACAUGUCUUGCCUCAUCACAUACCAAACGUGUAUGCUAUUGGCGAUGUAGCUGAUGCCUUUGGCGCCUUGAAUGCAGGCUACCAGGCCUGGUUCAUGGCAGAGGUGGCUGCCGAGAAUAUUUUGCGUGAUAUCCUCAGGGUAAAAUCUUCGGAUACGCCCGACCGCAAAGUGCCUGACAAUGAACCUAUUCCUCUAAAACACUUCGAGCCAGGUCCUGCUCUCUUGAAACUCACAGUGGGUCUCAACUCCAAUGUUGUGCAGAAGGCGCCGGCAUCGGACUUGUCGCUUCCUGGUAAAGUAUCGCGUCCAUCUGUGAAGAUGGAGGACGAAACGGAAGAUAUGGGAGUAGAGCUUGUAUGGAAGUACAUGGCAUUGGCGGAUCCCUCUGACAUGUACUUGUAA